AUAAGAGUGAGCAGGUAGAGGUGUGGAAGCAUUUUGGAAACAAUAGACCACCCCUCAGGACUCACCUGAACCACCAAUAGGAAUAAAGUGGAACGAGCGAUCGGACUGUUUCUUAGGAUUUAAUUGUAUUGAUCGGACGGAUAUCAAGCUGUCAGGAGGCUACACACAACUCUAUUGAAAGAGACAAAAUGUGUGGAUUCUUCCGGAGGCACCUCCAGAAUAGGCUGUUGGAACGAAGAAUUCGUAGAAAUAGGUUAGUGACCAAAGAUGGCCGCUGCAACAUCGAGUUUGGCAACGUGAUGUACAGCAACCACUUUGCCUUCAUCGCAGACUUCUGGACCACAUUUGUGGAGAUCCGUUGGCGCUUCGUCCUCUUCUUCUUCAUUGCUGCCUUCACCCUCAGCUGGUUCAUCUUUGGUCUUCUAUGGUACUGGAUUGCCCGUAGCAACGGAGACCUAUCAUGGCAGAACCCGCCCGACGGCCAUACGCCAUGCGUGGACAACGUGCAGGGACUCACCGCCUCUUUCCUCUACUCCCUGGAAACGCAGACCACCAUCGGCUACGGCGGCCGCGCCAUCACCCCUCUCUGCCCGGGGGCAGUGGCCCUAAUCGUCAUCCAGUCCCUGAUCGGAGCCAUCGUCAACUGUUUCAUGUGCGGCAUCAUCCUGUCCAAAAUCUCCAUGCCUAAAAAGAGAGCCAAGACCAUCACCUUCAGCGAAAUGGCCGUCAUUUGUCCCAAGAAGGGCACCCUGUGCCUCUCCAUCCGUGUGGCCAACAUGCGGAAAACUCUGAUGAUCGGGAGCCAGAUCUACGGCAAGCUGCUGAGGACAACCCACCCGGCAGACGGGGAGACCAUCAUCAUGGACCAGGUGAACAUCGACUUCACGGUGGAAGGAGGGAAGGACAACCUGUUCUUCGUGUGUCCCCUCACGCUCUACCACGUGAUCGACAGGAACAGCCCCUUCUUCGAGAUGGCCGUGGACACCCUGCACAGGCAGGAGUUUGAGCUGGUGGUGUUUCUGGAUGGCACAGCGGAGUCCACCAGCUCCUCGUGCCAGGUGCGCACCUCCUUCAUCCCUAGGGAGAUCAUGUGGGGCUAUGACUUCCUCCCCAUCAUCUCCAGGAGCAAGCAGGGCAAGUACAGGGUGGACUUCUCGAACUUCUCCAGGGUAGUGCCCGUGACCACUGCACACUGUGUCUGCUGUUUCCACAACCUCAAAGGGCACCAUCUCCACUCCAGGGAAGGACAGGUCAAUCAGGGGUUUGAGGCCAUUGAUAUUUCUGAGCAGCACCCUACAGUCACCAAGAUGUGAGACAGCCUUUUGUUCGGGGGAAAUAUGAAUUCUGUUGCGUAUAUAAUAAAGACACGAACGAUGUGUGACAGCAGGUGCCAACAAUCACAAUGCAAGUGAAGAAAUUGUAGCCUACAGUCGGCCAAGCCAUUGUGAUGUAUUUGUAUGUGACGCAUGGCUGUUCCUGUCAGACCACAGAAAGAGAGAGAAAGCAAACCGAUCAGCAAUGAUAAUAAUGCUCUGAAUUGAAAGGAUGAGGAAUGCUUGGAUUGAAUGGCUUGACCGAAAGGAUAUUGAAAUAUAUCCUGCCACUUGUCCUUGGGAAAUUCCUGACCAUCUUGUUACUGAAAGCCUUUAACUUUUUUCACCGUAGCCUUUUAGAAAAUUUUAAGAAAGUUGCUAAUUUAUUCUUGUCAUUGUCUGUAUGCGUGUUUUUUAGAGACCAAAGUGUGAACAUUCAUUCAUUUUAAACAAUAGGAGUUCCUAUUAUCCUUUCUUUUUUAUUUGCCUGGAAAGACUGUGAGAAAAACGCUCUUAUGAAUACACUUAAUGGAUGGCUGAUUGCAGCAAUAAAUAAUAUAUGAAAGUCAUUACUUAAUGCUUUGGACCUUAGAUAAUAUUUAAAUGUUAUUUUUGCACUGACAGAAAUUGCUCUAUGUGAUAUUCUGUUCCAACCAAGCUAUUGCAGUACUUCACAUCUGUGUUCAGAAAGGUCAAAUAAACAAAACAACAGGUGCAAUCCCCUGUUCAUGCUUUUCAUCUCUAAAACAAAGCAAAGUUGUGACAGCAAAUAAAUUCUGAGCACGACAGGAUGCAAUUGUUGGAGAAAAGAAGACAAUUAGUUGAGGUAUCUAUCAUAACGUCCAGAUGCUAAAAGCAUCUUUCCCGAUACUGCUCUUGUUAUUGGUCACAGAGAAAUUGAAUUUGUGAUUAUACUCUACAAGCAUACCAAUAGGAACCAGGAGGCAAGUAAGAAAAAUAUAUAAUUAUAGAAUAAAUACAUAAAUCACAAUACACAGUAUUGUGUAAUCACAGUAAAUGAGCAUUGAGUAUACGCUUAGCUUAAAAAUCUCAAAACGAAUGUUUGCAGUUGUUAUGAUAUAAUAAACCACAUGUCUAAUUGCCUUAUUUAACUAUAUUUAGUUUGAAAUGAAUUCAAAGAGCAAGAUAAUAAGAUAAACCAGUCAAAUGUUGAACCUUGCACGCUGCCUACUCAUUGUAAAUCUAUUAAAUAGCACCAGAAGUUAAAGCCUGGCCUCUUGUGGCUGAAACAUGUAUCACAAAUGUAAACUUUUCACUUCCAAAGGUAUGUUGUUAGUUAUUAAACAACAAAUAUACUGAGAUAUCCAACCACCAGUUAUUAAAGACUUAAUCUGUGGAAUGCAUGUAAAGCGUCUGUUCCAUUUGAUUAUUAGUUAAUUUAAGUUAACUCCAUUACAUGUCCUGUCAAUAACAUUAUUAAAUUAAGGAGAAUGUGUUUAUGCAAAAAUUGAGUGUGAAUAAAAUGUUCUGAUGCACACAGGCUUUAAACCAGACAAUAUCCUGAAUGGCUUAUUUUGUAGGAUAAUAAAUGACAAUUAAAAAGGAGACAGCAGAAAAUAGCCAAGUGUUGCCUUUAGGGAGUAGUAAUGCAUUUUACUUAUUUAAAUAUUUUCAUAAGUUGUUAUGCUUUAAUACAAUUGACACAACAGACAAUAUACUUUGAGAGGUAAAAACAUUUAUUUGGUCACAUUUUUCCUAUACAAAAGCCCUUUUUCAAAAGGUAUUACUUAAUAGAUUGCAGAAAUAAAAAUAAUAAUAAUAAUAAUACAUUGGUUAAUUGUAAAUUAUACAUAUAUAUAUAUAUGUAUACAUAUAUUUGAUCUCCAAAAUACAUUGCAUAUAAUAAGUAGCACGGUUCCCUUUUCAAUAAUUAUUUUUAGACACAUGAAUGGGUACAGAUUUAGAAUAAAUUCUAAAAAAUGCUACAAAUUACAUGUUCCCUUCCGAUUGACUUGUCUAAAGCUAUGGAACUUAAAGAAAAGCUGAUUAACAUUGUUGGUAAUGUUUUGCAUAUUUUGUUGAGCAGAUUGUAAGGCACAUGGAAAGCUGCCAAAUCUAUGGGUUAUUGCGCAUGAGAAGUGAUUUCAAAA